AAUCGCAAAGCAGCUUCCGCCAGCUGGGCCUCCACCCAGCGGCGAGGGGCGGGGCCGGCGCCGGCGUGAGAGCGUCGAGCGCUCCAUGGAAACGACGCGCAGCCCGAAGAUGGCGCCCGACUGGGGCAGAGGAACGGGGUCCUCUGGUCCAAGCCCGGGCCCCAGUCGGUGGCUCUGGAGCGGUUCUUCAUGGGUCCGAGGCAUUUUGCUCCUGUUGGGCGGGCUCCGGGCAAGUGCUACGUCCGUUCCCGUCUCCUUGAGCAGCUCCUUCCCCUGCCGGCACCACGUCCCCUCGGACGCUGAGGUCAUAAAUAAGGUCCAUCUUAAAGCAAAUCAUGUUGUAAAGAGAGAUGUUGAUGAACAUUUACGAAUCAAGACUGUCUAUGAUAAAAGUAUUGAUGAGUUGCUCCCUGAAAAAAGAUACCUUGUUAAGAACAAACUUUUUCCACAAGCUAUUUCUUAUUUAGAGAAGACUUUCCAGGUUCGUAGACCUGCGGGCACUAUCUUACUUAGCAGACAAUGUGCAACAAACCAAUACCUACGGAAGGAAAAUGAUCCCCACAGAUACUGUACAGGAGAAUGUGCAGAGCACACAAAGUGUGGCCCCAUUAUAGUGCCUGAAGAGCACCUCCAGCAGUGCAGGGUCUGCCGUGGGGGUAAGUGGCCCUGUGGAGCAGUGGGUGUGCCAGACCAAGAGGGGGUCCGAGAUGCUGACUUUGUUCUUUAUGUUGGUGCUCUGGCCACCGAGAGGUGCAGCCAUGAAAACAUCAUUUCUUAUGCAGCCUAUUGUCAGCAGGAAGCAAAAAUGGACAGGCCAAUAGCAGGAUAUGCUAACCUGUGUCCAAAUAUGAUCUCUACCCAGCCUCAGGAGUUUAUUGGGAUGCUGUCUACAGUGAAACAUGAGAUUAUUCAUGCCCUGGGUUUCUCUGCUGGGCUAUUUGCAUUCUACCAUGAUAAAGAUGGAAAUCCUCUAACUUCAAGAUUUGCAGAUGGUCUUCCACUUUUUAAUUAUAGUCUUGGAUUAUAUCAAUGGAGUGAUAAAGUAGUUCAAAAGGUGGAGAGAUUAUGGAAUGUUCGAGAUAACAAGAUAGUUCCUCACACUGUGCAUCUUCUAGUAACACCUCGUGUUGUUGAUGAAGCAAGAAAACAUUUUAACUGUCCAAUUCUGGAAGGAAUGGAACUUGAAAAUCAAGGUGGUAUGGGCACUGAACUCAACCAUUGGGAAAAGCGGUUAUUAGAGAAUGAAGCAAUGACUGGUUCUCACACCCAGAACCGAGUCCUCUCUCGAAUCACUCUGGCAUUAAUGGAGGACACUGGCUGGUAUAAAGCUAAUUAUAGCAUGGCUGAGAAGUUAGACUGGGGUCGAGGAAUGGGCUGUGACUUUGUCAGGAAGAGCUGUAAGUUCUGGAUUGAUCAGCAGAAAAAAAAGAGGCAGAUGCUGAGCCCUUACUGUGACACCCUCAGGAGUAAUCCCUUGCAGUUAACCUGCAGACAGGACCAGAGGGCAGUUGCAGUGUGUAAUUUGCAGAAGUUUCCAAAACCUUUGCCUCAAGAAUACCAGUACUUUGAUGAACUCAGUGGAAUACCUACAGAAGAUUUGCCUCAUUAUGGUGGUUCGGUAGAAAUUGCUGACUACUGCCCUUUCAGUCAGGAAUUCAGUUGGCAUGUAAGUGGUGAAUAUCAGCGCAGCUCAGAUUGUAGAAUAUUGGAAAAUCAACCAGACCUUUUUAAAAACUACGGUGCUGAAAAGUAUGGACCUCAUUCAGUUUGUCUAAUUCAGAAAUCAGCAUUUGUCAUGGAAAAGUGUGAAAGGAAGCUGAGUUAUCCAGACUGGGGGAGUGGAUGUUAUCAGGUUUCUUGUUCUCCACAAGGUCUAAAGGUUUGGGUCCAGAAUACUUCAUAUUUGUGUAGUCGAGCCGGGCAGGUCCUCUUCGUUAGUAUUCAUAUGAACGGCUGGAUUCACGAUGGAAACCUGCUCUGCCCCUCAUGUUGGGACUUCUGUGAACUUUGUCCUCCAGAAACAGACCCUCCAGCUGCUAACCUGACCAGAGCUGUACCCCUGGAUAUCUGUUCCCGUUCCUCUAGCCUUGUGGUCACCCUCUGGCUUCUGGUAGGCAAUCUGUUUCCUCUGCUGGCUGGAUUUCUUCUGUGUGUAUGGCACUAGGAAUGGAAAUGUGAAUUCUCAAGGCAUUCUUUUGUGUCACGUUCCUCUGAACAAAGCACAAAAUCUGAGCGAGUAUGAGCCUGUGCAGAUGGCAGAAGUGGCAUUCCUGGCUUUGGCUUGAAAGCGUUGACCACAGUCAGACCUUGAAGCAGAGCUUCACAGCAACCCAAUAGCCUCAGCUUGGCGAAGGAGAAUGAAUUCCAAGUCAUCAAGACUCUUUAUUGUUCAGGAUGCAUAACCUUCCUCACGUUUUCCUUUGAAAAUGGGAUAUUGGUGAAAUUUUCAGAUUACAUACCUCAGCAUUCUCAUUAACCUAGAAUGAUGGAAAAGUUCCUCAGUACUGCAGUAAUAAAGAACUGCUAAUGACUUCAAGAUUAUAAAUUGUGGAUCCUGAGCCCACAGGUAUAAGUUAUUCUUUGACUUACAGAAAGUAAUUGAGUUGAGGUUUCUACAUCAUUGUUAUACUUAUUUUGAAUUUAAUCAGUGUACAUCGCACAGUUAAGUCAUUGUUCUUGUUAUAAAAUGUCUUUUUUUUAAUUAUGUUAUGCUAAAUGUUACGAUUUAACCAUGCUCGCCUUUUCAAACUAGCUGUGUGGUGGUUUACUGUGGAAUCAUGGUGUGUUGGUAGCCCUCUUCCAGCUGCACCUGUUACUCCCAGAUCUCCGUACUCAGUUUCCUGUUGUAUCCUCCAUUCGUUUAAUAAUGACCUGAAAAACGGUAGAAGCAGAGAGAAAAGUAAUGUGCUCUGUAAAAACAUUGAAGAUGUGCACUCAGAAAAGAAUAUAAAUGUUUUUCUUAUAAUAGAUAUAACAGUUAUAAUCCAACAACAAAUAGAACUAUUCCUCUUUUAACAAUGAAGAUAAAAAGAAAUCCUGGGAUAGACAGGUAUGCAAGUUGUCUUCACAUGGGCUUACGAAUUGUUUCAGAAGAACUUCUGAAAAUUAUUUUAUAUACAAGAAGAAAAAUAUAAGUCAAAACAAGAUAAUCUGAAUCGCUUACUAUUAGCAAAGUGUAGGUUUGGUGUAUGGCCCAUCCAAUAGGGCUCUCUUGACUGCACCACAUAUGGCUCAAUCCUCAGAGGUUGAAAGAUAGCCUUCACUUUAAAAGGAGGUGAUGCCCUUUACCUCCUGCUUUUGGCCCUUCUGUUACCACGUAGAUUCUGGUCCACAGAAGCAAUUCUACUCUGGAGCUUAUCACCUCACUUUACUAAUUACAUUUUUUAAUGAUGAAUGAUCCCAGUUUUUAUCUCAAAAGCUAACAAAGUCCUGUGGCAUUAUAAACACAGCCCUUGGACAAACAUGCAUGCAUGCAUUCACUCAUUCAUACAUUCAUUCAUUCAUUGGUUAGCCCUUUAAUUCAGUAUAUAACUAUCCAGCUCUCUGUGUAAGAAACUGUGCAAAGUGAGCAAGCAGCAUAAUUACUAAGGAGUAAUUCCAGCAGAUUAUUUGGACCUGGGGCCAAACAGCAACCCCAGCAAAGGAAAAUUGCCUUUUUUAAUGCAUAAAUUUUAAAUAUGUAUUUAAAUGUGCAUUUUUGAAUUUAAAGGCAUUUCAUUGUGAAAGCUGGGGUCUCUAGCAUAUCCACCUUCAGCUAAACAGAAGCUGAUAGUGAAGGUGUCAAGUCAGUGCUCUGUUUUCUGCCUGUGUCAUGUAUCUCUUCAGUUGUGCAACAUCCGAGAAAAGUAUUGAGUAUAUUUCUAAGAAAACCAUGAAAAUCUAAACUUACAUUCUGAUUGUGAUUAUGGAUCAUCCUGCAAAGUUGUAUAAAGAAUUUCACCAAAAAAUUAUGGACUAAGAAUAUAUGUGAGAUUUGCAAUGCAACGUUUGAUUAUAUUUUGACUGUUGUGCAGUGAUGUCAUUUAGGUAGUAUUGUUUCUGAGCAUGGUGCUUUUUAUACUUGAAAUAUAUUUUUGCUUUAUUGAUAUAAUUAUAUUUGCACUAAUGACUUUCUGGAGAAAAUAUUAUAGAUGACAUUUUUUCUACAUAUAUUUAUUAAGCUUGAAAUCUGGUAUCCCAGUGUUUUUUCUGCACAAAUGUGAAA